AUGUUUAAACAGCCAGCAGCAUCAGCGGUCCGUAGUGGUGCUACUGCUAUGAAAGCCAAGGCAGCGGGGGAUAUUUCGUCGGUGUUCCCGUCUCUUAGUGGAGUGCCAUUUGUCCCGCUGCCAGAGAGGUUCACUGAUGUUCAGAGGAAACUGAUUUCUGGAAGAGAGGAGGCGAUUAAAACAUCUUGGAACAGUCUGCUGGUGGAUCUCGAGAAAGAAGUGGAAAAUAUCGCUAAUAAUCCAAAGGUGAUUCCGGAGAUUGACUACUCAGAGAUCUCGUCUGCAACUGGCAGGUUCUCUUCAAAAACUGAAGAAUUGAUCAAGAAAACAGGUGCUGCUGUAAUUAAGAAUGUCAUCCCGGAGAAAGAAGCUCGUCAGUAUAAAUACGAUUUAGACGAGUUUAUUGCCAAAAACCCCGAUGUCAAAGGAUUCCCUAAUGACAAGCCCUCUGUUUAUGAACUUUACUGGUCCAAAAGCCAGUUACGAGCUCGUAGUCACCCUAACUUGUUGAAAACACAGUCUGCUUUAAUGCAAAUGUGGCAUGGAAAGGGUCUUAUUUCUACUAAAGACCCUCUGUCAUAUGCCGACCGAUUUCGAAUCAGACCUCCUGGUGAUGCCAAGUUCGCACUGGGUCCUCAUGUUGACGGCGGGUCCGUCGAGAGAUGGGAAGAUCCUGUCUAUGCCAAAGUGUACGAUGCAAUUCUCGGAGGAAACUGGCGUGAUUAUGAUCCCUUUGAUUAUACCCAUCGAUUGGAUGCUGUGUAUGAUUUGUAUCAAGGAGCAAGUGCUUGUUCGAUGAUGCGAAUGUUUCAAGGAUGGGUAGCCAUGUCGCAUACUGGACCUGGAGAAGGGACUUUGAAAGUGUGUCCUAUGAUUAAACACGCAACUGCGUAUCUAAUUCUGAGACCUUUUUUCGCACCCAAAUCUGCUAUCAAGUCUGAAACGUUUUAUGAUGAGACAGUUGACAACCUCAGCGAGCCAUGGGAGUUUGUAGGACCUGCUCAUGUGUUCCCCAAUGCCACCAUGGGUGGAUGCCAAGAACUGAAUACCCAUACACAUCCACAUCUUCAACUCGACAAAACCAUGAUCUCGAUGCCCACUGUCAACCCUGGAGACUACGUCGUCUGGCACUGUGAUGGAAUCCAUGCUGUUGAGAGCAAACAUGAUGGCCAGGGAGACUCUUCUGUGAUGUACAUUCCAGCAACACCCAUGACCCGCCUUAAUCUCGAGUAUCUUUCCCGCCAACGAGCUACUUUCCGCGAACUCGUUCCACCCCCCGACUUCCCUGGCGGAGACGGCGAAAAGAACUUCACCGGCCACUCCACCGACGCCGAUAUCGUCACCGGCCGCCGAGCCAUGGGACUUCUCGACGGUGUCCCCUACGACACCACUGGCAACGCCAUAUACGAAGUGGCCAACGAGAUCCUCCUCGAGUAA